AAUCAAUCCUCUCUUUUUCUCUCUCUAUAAAUUACGAAACAGUUGCGACUUCAAUCUAGAUCUCCCUCUAUACUUCGUAUAAACCCUCUCCCUCUCAAUUCUUGAAUAAAUUCACCGUAUCUCAUUCUUCCGAUGGCCGAGGAUUCACCUUCCGACCACCUUUCGCCGGAGUCAAUACGCACCGUCGAUCUCCGCCUCCUCUCUCAAGCCGAACUCUACGCUCUCUCCCUCUGCUCCGACGCCUCAUUCGAUCCCCGCCGCUGUGACGACGUCGUCAUCCCCAAAAUCGACCGCUCCGUCUUCAACGAGUCAGCCGGCAGCCGCAAGCAGACCUACUCUCGCCUUCGCCUCGCCCCUCGCAAGCCCGAAACCGCCUUCGCAUCAGCCACCACCACCGCCGUUCGCCGCCGCACUCCUCACCUCCGCACUCCCGAUUUCGCUGACAACAACGACCCUGAACGAGUAGAGAACAGCAGAAUCGUUGGUCUGUUGAAGGAAUUAUUCGUGUCGGAGACUGACGGCCACGAAUUAAUCCCCGUUCGCGUCGAAUAUAGUCAAUCGUUGCCUGAAUUGUCCAAUGUAGGUCACUUACCAAAAAAAGAACCGUCCAAUGUAGGUCAUAUUAGUGGAACGAAAAGGAAGAGAGGGAGGCCGCGGAAGAACGAGACUGCAGCGGCGGUGAUGGCGGUGGAGUUGGAGGCUGCCGGCGGAAAUGAUGUGAUGAGGGACAUUGUUGUGCAUCACAAUGUUGAGGACAGGGAUAAGGAGAUUGUAAACAAGAAUGGUGUCGCCUUGGAUUUGCGAGCUCUGGCAAAUUUGGAGGAUCCAUACGCUCCGGAAUUGAAGAGGAGGACUGAGGGUAUGGACAAUGAAGAGGCAUUGUUAGGGUUUCUAGGGGGUUUGAAUGGGCAGUGGGGGAGUAGGAGGAGGAAGAAGAGGAUUGUUGAUGCUAGCGGUUUUGGGGACACAUUGCCCAAAGGUUGGAAACUCUCGCUAUGUGUCAAGAAGAAAGAAGGCCGUGUGUGGUUAAAUUGUCGUCGAUACAUAAGCCCUAAUGGACGACAAUUUGCAUCAUGCAAGGAGGUCUCUUCAUAUUUGCUCUCCUUUUCUAGAGUCCAAGAUGCAAACCUGCCAAAUUGUGGUCACAAUGAUGAAAAUAUUCAGGCUGCAAAUCUUGCUGUUAAAGAAGACAAUAAAAGGGGAGACCUUGUUUGCCAUUCACCAUCACCCACAACUUGUAUAUUUAGUGACCAUGAGAAGCAAGUCACUUCAAAUAUUGGAAAUCCAGGACAAGUCCAAGGGGAGACUUUAAAUUGCCACAAGUGCACCAUGACUUUUGAUGUGCAGGAUGAUUUAUUGCACCACCAGUUUUCAUGUCACAGGAGAAAGAGAUCUAAAUUUCAUGCAACUGUCUCCGACGGGGUAAUUAUCAAAGACGGAAAAUAUGAGUGCCAGUUCUGCCAUAAGACAUUUAUUGAAUGGAAGCGUUACAAUGGCCAUGUUGGAGCCCACGUGAAAAACCAUGUGAAGAGUGUUGACGCAGCAGCGGGAGUUUUGAAUAUGCAAAAUACUAUGGACCCUGUACCUUUGGGUGGGGCACCUCCAAGGGAGUCUAUGGUGCAAGCAUCAAUUGGGGAUGACAGUGAUCUAGUGGCAAAAACUAUUAAUGCCAAAGCUGAUGAUGAACUGAACUCUGUUUCUCUCCACAAUAAAGCAGAUUUUGAUGUAGAAACUCAUUCCAACAAGUUUGAUCAUGAACUUGAUUUUCUGUCUAAUAACAAAGAUGAUAUGAGGGUUAACAAAAACGAAAAAACUUCAGCUGAAGAAUCUUUUGUUGAGCAGGAUAGAGAUUGCAGGAUGACUGAUGAAUAUCCAGGAAGUAUAGAGGAGGCUACUGCCGUUGCUGAAAAUUUUAAUUUUUGUUUGGGUUCUGAAGCUGCCAUGUCUAAUAAUGAGAAUAAUGGUGAUUGUGGAACUUCUGGUCCAACAAAUGUUCUUGACCGCACUGCCAAUAGGUGUUUUGUGGGUCAAGAAAGAAUUUUGGAAAGCUUUUCUCCUUUUGCAAACAAAAAAACAUGUGGUGUUGAAAUCAAUGUGAAUGAGGUUUCUGCUAAUGCAAAGAAUCCCAAUCAGGACGUAGGUUCUGAAAGUGGUUUAUUUACUCCUUAUGAAAAUGAAAAAAUGUGUGGGAUUGAAAAUUUGAAUGAUACUAGUAAUUUUAAUAACACAAUAGAAGAGCUCAAACUCGAUAGGGAGAGUUCCGUAAAUAAUGAGCCAUCUGGUUUUCAUGGCGGUUGUGCUGGACAGGACGAGGAUAUUCUGACCAAAGUGAAGAAGCAAAGUAGAGCCGAUGUCUGUCUACUUGUUCCAGUAAGUGAUGGGCAAAAACAUAGCAAUGCUAAUAACAUAAAUGGGGUUUCAACUUGUAUAGUGACAAAGUCUGGGCUGAUGGGUCCUGAAAGUAGUGUACUUGUGCCAUCUUGUUAUAAGGAAACAUGUUGUGGCAAAGAUGAUGUGCAAAUGAUUGGCUUCAGCGGCAGUGGUGCUGGAAGACAUGAGGAUGUUGGGAUUGGUGUUGAGCAGGAGCGAAGUUCUGAAAGCUGCUCGCUUAUCCCCCAUUGGAAGGAGAAAUGUGUUAUUGAAGAUAAAUCUACUUGCAUGAUGGAGGAACCUUGGCUAGAAAAAGAUUGUAAGAGCAGCUUAUUGAAUAUAUCUGGUUAUGAGCAAACCUGUGGUGUUGAAGAAUUUGCUGAUAAGGUCUCUAGAAGAGAAAUGGAACCUAAAUUUGAAGGACUUCAAAGCUUUAGGAAUGGUGAACUUGUUUUUGGCAGCAGUCACAGUAUACCAAAUGAAGAUGUUCUGACUAGCACUAAGCAGGGAAGUACUCUUGAAUUUUGUUCACUUGUUUCAUCUGGGAAUCAACAAUCAUUCAGUGUCACUGAUAAAGUUACUAGGGUCAACAAUGGCACAGUGGAGGAACCCAAGCAGGAAGGCGUUUCUGAAAGUGAUCUACUUGCUCGGUCUUGUAUUGGGCAAUCCUGUAAUGAUGUAUAUAUUUUGAGCAAUGUUUCUACUAGCUCAAUGGAGGAGCCCAAACUUGAAGUUCAAAAUUCUAGGAAUACUAAUCCAUUUCUUGGUUUUGAGAACACUCACAUAGGUCUAAAUGCUGAUGCUAUGACUAACAUUGGGAUUGAACAAACAGGUAGUGUUGAAACUAAUGUAAGUAGGGUUAGUGCUAGCAGACUGGUUGAGUCUCAAGAGGAAAGAGGUUUUGGAAAUCUUUUUCUUGGUCUUUCUUGUAACAGUACAUUUGGUUCUGGAAAUAAUUUGAAUAAGGUUUACCCUGACAGAGUUUGGGAGGAGCCCAGAAUAGAAGAGGUUGACUGUUCUGGGAAUGAAAAGUUAAUGAUUGGUUUUGGCAGUAGAAAUAAACAACUUGAUGAGGAUGUCAUGGCUAGUGAUAUUUGGAGAACUGAUGAAGAAAAUGCCUUGCGGAGUGGUUUUGUUGAUAAUUCAACCGACCUGGUGCAAUCUUCAAGCAGUUUUCCCACCUUCAAUAUAAUUCCAAAUAAGGGUGAAAACGAGUUAUCUAGAUUCAAUGAGAAGUAUGAUAGCAUGUCAGGUUUAGAAGGGAUGAGAUCAGGUAGCAUUGAACAUGUGGAAUUCGAUUUCCUGCACUCACAAAAUUUAAAUUCUCAUCCAGAGAAUUCCAAGGUUUUGGCAUACAACACAGAGAUUGGGCAAGGGUUUGGUUCAUCUUUUUGGCUUGAAAAGGAUGCUUUGUCGCCGAAUGUAGCUGCCAGAAAUCAGAUUACUAGUAUAUGUGUCUGGUGCAGAAAUGUGUUCCAUCAUGAGCCUGUCCACACUGGAACUCAAACAGGUGCAAUUGGUUCUCUAUGUCCAACAUGCAAUGCAAAAAUUUCAGAACAAUUCAAUGUGUUGUAGAGUGGGUUGUCCUUUUUAAGACUCCAUCACCCAAAGGGAAUUGUUUUCUUUUUAUAUCAUACCAAGGACAAGACCUUGACAUAAGGUAAUUUCUACAUCUGAAUAAUAAUUUACAGCUACUUAGAAAUGCUGUGUUCUAACUCUAGAUUGACAAGAUGUUGUUCCCUUUGAAUCCAGUUUUCGGCUUUGUUCUUAUAGAUGUGAGUCCCAGCAAUCUGACAUUUGACAUCAAGCAAUGUUGGUACUAACCUAGAAUCAUUAACAUAACUAGACAAACGAGCUGACCAUCUAUAACUAGUUUGUUCCGAGUGCUAUGAAACGGAGGUUGGAUAUUGACACUUCUUGCACACUCCUAGUUGUAUUGUACAUGUUGAAUAUGUCCUCAUAUCAAAAGUAAAUUUUUUUUUUUUUUUAAA